ACACUGUCCUCUAGGGGGCAAUAUUGAGUAAUUAAAGCCAGAUCUUUUCAGUGGGUGGACAUAAUUGAUGCAGGGAACAGUUCAAAGUUACUUGUGUCUGUGAGGCCAGGCUUAGUGCAGCUCUCCUGACUUCUAAAGACUCUUCUGGACUGUGAGGAUUACAUCAUGCCGAACUACAAGCUUACCUAUUUUAAUUUCAAAGGUAGAGCAGAGAUUCUUCGGUACCUCUUUGCCUAUACAAACACUGAAUUUGAAGACCAUAGAAUUGAAUAUAAAGACUGGCCUUCAUGUAAAGACUCAUACCCAUUUGGAAAACUCCCAGUUUUAGAAAUUGAUGGAACUGUUUAUUAUCAGAGUCUCGCCAUUGGGAGAUACCUAGCAAAAAAAGCAGGUCUGGCCGGAAAGACUGAUUUGGAUGACCUUCGCAUUGAUGCCAUAUUAGACACCAUUGACGACUUCGUAUCACGGUUUCCAUGGGAUGCAGCUGACCAGGAGAAGAAAGAGUACAUUGAUAAAUUUGGUGGCACUGUCCUGUCUGGCUUGGCGAAAGAAUUGGGAGAUAAUAAGUGGUUUCUUGGGAAAUAUGUAACCUGGGCUGACUUCUUUUGGGACAUCUGCAGUGAUGGUAUUAUUUAUUACCAACCCGACUUUUCCAAAGAUUACCCAAAUCUUCUAUCUCUCAAGAAAAGAGUAAAGGAGCUACCAGAGAUUGCUGCAUGGAUAAAGAGGAGACCUCAGACAGAAUAUUAAUGUAGUGAAACAUUCACUGGAGUCUGACCGUGAAAAUAAAGAUUCUACUGGUAUUACCAAAGGCCAAAUGGUGUAAUCUCUUUCAUAUUACACAGAUGUUCUUGAUAUUGUAAAUGUUUUACCCAAAGUAUAUUUGACAUUCAUUUGUAUGAAGACAUGGAGGUAAUGUCAACAGCAUAUUGCUAAAUAAAGCUGAUGGGUAGCGCUGUA